AUGUCGUCAGAUUCCCCGAGUAGUUCAGAGUCUAGCAUGGACUUUGUCCUAGAUGUUUCCCAACCAGAGGGUUCUAGACCUAUUCCUAUUAAUCCUUGUUCAAAGGGUGUGAAAUUGGAUGUUAAUUGUGGUAAACCUCCCACCGUGUUUACAAGGGCUACCUCGAAAGGGUUCAUCUUGAAUAAGCAUUUCGAGAGUGUUCAAGACGAUCAAAUCAUCAAAAUGUUUCCUCCAAAACAAAAACAUCCUGGUCGUGAAUCCCGAAGCCGAAGCCUGAAUGAUCUAUCUGACCCUCUGGUUUUUGAUGUUGCAAGUUCUGAGCGUACCUUGGAGGGUCCUGCUACUACUGUCCCUCAUAAUUUUUCAAUCAAACCGGACACCAAAAUGAAGCGUGUGGAGGAUGAGGCAGAUGCGAAUCAUUUGGACAAAUCAGAAUCGGGGACCGUUACUGGAGGUCUCCUAGAGAAGAUCCUUGAAAAUACCCUUUUAGAGAAGGAAGGCCUCAAGGGUCUAUCUGCUGCAGCUGUGUUCCAUUAA